GCAGUGGCGCUUGCCGCGCCUGAUGCGAAUUGCUAGAAAUGACGGUGGUUUGCUGUCGGCCAGUUUGGCGGGAACCGUUACGACGAAGCGGAGUAGUGAAGUUGCCAGGAGGCGCAAACAAAGAAAGCAUUCAUGCGAUCUGUGAGUGCAAUGAAGAAAGUGCGGCUGCUUCGGAUGAAAAAGUAUCUGAGAAGCCGGCAGAAAGUGACCACGCUUCCAGCAACCCAAUCCCUUGUCCUGACGCACUACUUGAACUGAAGGCAAUUGAAGACAUGGUCACAGAUCCCUUUUGCAUGGACCUUGGGCGAAUGAAAAAUGCUUUUGGCCACAACUGCAGAGUGGGCCCCAAAGUGUCAGUCAAUGUGCAAUUCUUUCAGCUUGCCUUUGAAGCAGAAAUAAUGUUUAGAGACACAGUGGAGGCUGUGGAGGCCAAGCUAAGCAAAAUGCAAGAGAUUUUGGACCGGGGAAUCUCAUGGGACUUGAAGAAUUUGUUCGACCCAAGGAGGCUGAUGCUGCAGUUUUUACUAUGCUAA